AUGGAAGAUAUUAAUGUCAAUGCUUAUUCCAAAAUAGACUAUGAAUGCGUUAGUCGGAGAGAGUAUUACAUAUUGUCAUCCACGGCAUCGAAAUCGAUAUGGCCUCGGGUAGCCUCUACAAAGCCAUCGCCACCAGUACAGCCAUCAACUAGAAUCCAAAAGCCAAUACCCACAUCAACUACAACUGUUCUUUCCCCAUUUCCGAGUGAACCAACCACUAAAACAAACUCAAUCAAAGUUGCUGUUACAACAGUAAAAAGCAACAAACACCAUCAGUCGAACAAACAACCCUCAGGAGCUGUAAUAGGGGGCAUAGUCAGUGGUGUUAUACUGAUGGUUGUUCUAAUAAUGAUUACUAUAUUCUUCAUUAGACGACACAGAAUGAAUCCGAUGCAAGCACCUAAGCGCCACAUGCCGAGAACUGUUUCUCGAGAAAUUCGAAUUUCAGCACCCAUUGCUCUUCAAAGUACCACAAAUACCAUGAGUUGUAAUAGUCAGCAGAAUUGUCGUAAUUCCAAUUCUAACUCUGAAUAUGAAAAUGUUGAAUUAGAAACUACAAUUGAUCCGACGCCUACUACUGAUGAUGUUUAUUAUGAGUUAGGAACGAACCCGCCCCCCCUCAGUGACUGA